GUCCUCUUUGUCGGGCCUCCAGCGCCGUGAAGUAAUGCUCGCCGCAACACACACCUGCUCCAGCGAACUAUAACCAAUUUCAUCUGUAACACACUCGAGACACAGUUGAGAGGACGAAGCCAGUAUGCUGAGCGCUGCUCGCUCCACGGCUCGGGCACUGGCCGGCGCGGCUCGUGGCCACGCCGCCUGCUCCGCCUCCGGCCCCAUCCCAAAACCCAUCACAACCAUCACCAGCACGCGGCGCCGGCUGCUGUCCAGCCAGGCUGGGUGCUACAGCCGCGCCCACGCCCGCGGCUCCGCCGGCGCCUCCCUCGCCCCCGUGCCCACGCGGCGGCUGACGGUGGCGGCGGCGACGCACUCGCAUGAGGAGUUGGAGGCGGUGGCGCGGGAGCGGUUCGGCAGGGGCUAUGAGCAGCUGAGCACUGAGGAGAAGAAGUCAGUGGGAGGGGUUAUUGGCGGCCGCGUCAGGAAGGAGCAGCUGGGCCACGAGGGAUACCAGGAGCUGGGGCACAAGGGCGGUGAGGCGCGCAAGGAGCAGCUGGGGCACGAAGGCUACCAGGAGAUGGGACACAAGGGCGGUGAGGCGCGCAAGGAGCAGCUGGGGCACGAAGGUUACCAGGAGAUGGGACACAAGGGCGGUGAGGCGCGCAAGGAGCAGCUGGGCCACGAAGGAUACCAGGAGAUGGGGCACAAGGGCGGUGAGGCGCGCAAGGAGCAGCUGGGCCACGAAGGAUACCAGGAUAUGGGACACAAAGGCGGCGAGGCGCGCAAGCACAACCCGGAGGACAAGUAGACGGGUGGGCCAGGGACGCGCACGCAGUUACCGCAGGAGGAAUGCCAUGCGCAUGUUGUCUUACUUGUUUACCAAGAUGCACCAAAAUCUUGGGUGGGACGCUGGUCGGAGACGAGACGUGUGCCCAUUGACGGUUGCCCCAGCUACUGGAUUCCAAUGUGUCGAUUGUGUCGCGUACUAGCAGCGUCGUGCGCAGAAGACUGGGAGGUUGCUCUCAGGUGUUGGCAAGGAAAAUGCAGGGCCCGUAAAAAUGUACGGC